UUUGUGUUGGCUGUGAGUGGGCUAUCCACAUACAGUAUGUCUUAUAACAUGGCGAGCCCUACAAUCUAAAAUACGAUUUUAAUCGAAAAACGUGGUAUAAAUCAUGUUGCGUAAUUAAUUACCCAAAGCUCCAAAGGUCCUCCUACAGAUAAACCCCUCUACCAAGGAUACCAAGAGCUCGCGACUGCAUCACACAGCUUUCAAGAAACUAGCACGAGCACCUACAACCAGCGACACUUCUCUACAGUGUGAGCAGGUGCCAAAUCCUGCUGGAAAAUGAAAUCAGCAUCUUUAAAAAGCUGGUCAGCAGAAGGAAGCGUGAAGUGCUCCAAAAUUUCUUGGUAAGCAGGUGCAGUGACUUUGGUUUUCAAAAAACACAAUGGACCAACACCAGCAGAUGACAUUGCACCCCAAAUCAUCACAGACUGUGGAAACUUAACACUGGACUUCAAGCAACUUGGGCUAUGAGCUUCUCCACCCUUCCUCCAGACUCUAGGACCUUGGUUUCCAAAUGAAAUACAAAAUUUGCUCUCAUCUGAACAGAGGACUUUGGACCACUGGGCAACAGUCCAGUUCUUCUUCUCCUUAGCCCAGAGGCCAGCAUGAAGAAAUUGCUUGUGGACGUGGACUGUGGUGUGGAUGAUGCUCAGGCUAUCAUGAUGGCUUUGGCAGCACCUGGUGUGCAGAUCCUGGGCAUCACCUGCGUUCAGGGCAACACUUCAAUAGACAAUGUCUGCAAGAACGUCCUGCGUGUCCUGAAAGUGUGUAAGCAUCAGGAGAUUCCUGUAUUCCGUGGAGCGACUAAAGCGCUCUUGGAGCAGACCGUCAGCGCUGGAGAAUUUCAUGGCAAAGAUGGACUCGGAGACGCCCCGGACCCCGACGCUCCUGAUUUGGAUCUGGUCCAGAAAGAGGGCGCCGUGUCAGCCAUGAUCCGAAUAGUUAAUGCGAAUCCUGGAGAGGUGUCUUUAGUGGCCACGGCUCCGCUGACAAAUGUGGCUUUGGCAGUGAAACUUGACCCCUCAUUUCCCCAGAAACUCAAAGGCCUUUACAUUAUGGGUGGCAAUACAGACUCUCGUGGGAACACCACUGUGUGUGGAGAGUUCAACUUUGCAGCUGAUCCUGAAGCAGCAUAUAUUGUUCUGAAUGAAUUCAUUUGCCCAGUUUACAUUGCAACCUGGGAGUUCACCUGUCGCAGUAAAUUACCCUGGGAGUUCUGUGACGGUUGGCUGGCUCAGGACACAGAUAAAGCUCGGUUUAUGAAGCAGAUCUUUAAGCACAGCAUGGAGUCCAGCCACAGCGAGAGGGUUGAGAAGGAGCUGGUGGAUGGGCAGGGAUUCAUCUCCUGUGAUUCUUAUGCCAUGGCAGCAGCCAUAGACGACACGUAUAUCACUGAAACUGAACACAAAGCCGUCACUGUAGAGCUGGCGGGGAACUGCUGCCGGGGAAUGAUGGUUGUUGAUCACCUCGAUAUCCUGAAGAAGACUCACAAAGUCCGUAUCUUGAAGAAGGUGGACUUGGAGAGGUUUAAAGUGCUCAUGAUGAACGCUUUGAAAUAAAUGCUCAUUGGCA